AUGGGCACAGAGCAGUGUGAGGAACCUCUAGGACGAGCUCUAUGGAAGGGGCGCCUCCUGGACUGGCCGUGCCCUUGGCACUUUGGCCCCUCCCAUCCAAGCCCUGCCCCUUUCUGGCUCUGGGAGCCCAUCCUGAGGGGCCCAGUGGACAAGGCCUUUUGCCCCUGGCUGACCCUCUGCAUCCUGCGGCAGCAUCGGGCUGUGGAGCCGGGCGAGCAUGAGGUCGCCCUCUCUGCCUCCCCAGUCAGCACCCCCCGCUUCCAGGCUGCCCCAGGUCCCAGGGCCUUCUGCAUCCCAAAGAUCAUCUUGACAGAGUGUGCCCCUAGCCCUCCUAGCCCGCCAGAGGCCAGACUUGAGGAACUGGGACCCAGAACAGCUCCCACCCCAAGACCACGGACCCUGGCUGACAGCGGGAGGGGCUGGGAUGGCCCACAGGCCCCGCCAGGGGUAGUGGGAGAGACUCCUGGGCCGAGGAGCAGCUUCGUGCCCUGGAAGGAGGGGGCAGCUCUGAGGAGACUGGGCAGAGGAGGCUGCAGCCUAGAGGAUGGAGAAGCCAGGGUACCCUGUCCUCAGGGACCAGCCCAGGAUGGGACUCCGGAGACCUCUACUGCUGACCCCUACCCAGAGGAGAUCCUCAAGGACUCUGGACACGAUGCCCAAACCUGCAGUAGGGAGCACCAGGGCCAGGCUGCUGCCAACUCAGGCUGUGCCACAUGGGGCACCACUGCCCAGCGGAUGGACAGCCUGGAGGAGACGCUCCGGGAGCUGGAAGCCACCCUGUGCAACAUGGGCACAGACCCUGCCGUGGGGUCCCCUGGCAGCCCCCCACCCCUACCCCUCGGCCCCCAGGUGGCUGCCCCCUCUUCAUCCUUCCCUGCUGCCUUCCUCCUCCAUUUCCAGAGUCGGACGGAGUAG